AUGGAGAUAGGUGGUCUAGCCCUGGCGUCUGCCUCCGCCGCUCAUGAGCUCUUAAUUUGUGGCCUCCGAAUAUACCGUCGCAUUAGGGAGGAGAAGAAUUUGACUCGUGCUUUGAGAGAGUUUCAGAUGUUUGAACUCGAAGAUAGGCAAGCCCAGGUCAAAAUCGAUAUUGCGCUGGCUCAAGGCGUCUUGAGGAGCCCGACGAUUGAUCAGGAACACAAGGAUCGCCUAGAGCGGAACUGGAAACGCAUUACGGACCUCCUAGUCCAAGUCGACAACCUCAUAGACCACAUGAUCCGCAACUCAUCAUGGACAGCGACUCGGACUCGUCAUGAAGCUCGAGAUAGGCUGCUCUACUUGGGUGACACCAGAGCCAUCUCCAACGCGGUGCAGGAAUUUCAGUCUAUUGUGCUUGCCGUCCUUUUCGGGAGUAGCAGUGCGGGCUCCUUUAUGCGCGAAAUCCAGUCGGCAAUCAGUGCUCGAUUAGGAGCCUCACAUCGACAUAUGGCCACGAGAAAAGUAGAAGCGCCACAACUGCACCACAGACACCGGGACUUUCAACCUUCUUCAUCAGGCUAUGAAGAGCCAGCAUUAUUCCUACUUCCUCCACGUAAUCUUGCUGACGGCCUGAUGCAGGCCUAUUGGGAUAACAACUGGUCCCUCUACCCUGUGAUCGAUCGCUGUAAAAUUGAGGCAACAUAUGAGUCGCUCUGGACGUCUCACAACGCGCGCAAUUAUCCGUUAAUUCCAAUCAGUGUCAUCAAUCUCUGUUUUGCAAUUGGCUGCUACUACUGCGAGCUCCUCCCACCUCGGGAGCGGAAAGCUACGAGCGACGACUUUUUCACACGUGCAGAAUCGCUAUAUAAGAAGACGGGAGAAACCAUAUCGUACGAGCGAGUCCAAUGUCUGCUGCUAUUCGGCAUAUACUUACAGAGCACGACUUCCGUCUCUAAAUGCUGGAUGACCGUAGGCCAGGCUAUUCGUAUGGCCCAAAGUCUCGGAAUUCAUGUGGCCCAGCAUGAUCGUUAUCGAGAGGCAGUAAGCCAUAGGGAGUACCAACGUCGCACCUGGCAUGGGUGUAUCUGGCUAGAUCGUGUUCUCUCAUCUACUCUCGGCCGUCCUGGUAUGAUCCCGAAGUGGCUGUUCAACUCUAUCCCACUACCGUCAAUGAUUGAUGAUGAAUUUUUCGAAACCCAAACGACAGGCUCUCCAUUCCGACCUGAUGGGCGACCGUGUAGGAUGGCAUUUGUCGUGAAAGCCAUGGAGCUGUAUCAGAUUCUUGACGAAAUCCUCGUUGACCUCUACCUCAAGACCUCCAAGGAUGAAGAUAUUGAGAGCAAACUUAUGCGUAUUCUCCAAAUCGAUAGCAAUCUCCAAGCGUGGAAAAAGUCCCUUCCAGAGUUCCUCCAUCCGCGCGCUAAUGCCGAAGCCGAUGCGAUCCUGAAAAGACAAGCCAUAGUCUUGAGAGUUCGCAGUUUUUUGCACGCGCGCAUUCUCCUCUUCCGUCCGACCGUAAUCUGUUACUGCAUGCGCGAUUCCACUGCGGCCGCGGCUACGAUGGCGGGUUGUUGCACGGAAAACGAACCAUAUGGUUCCUACGACGAUUGCAGUCUAUCUGAAGUAAUGCUAGCACAAUGUGUCCGCAUCAGCUUCCGCAUUGCCCGUGAGCUCAUUGAAACCUUUGACCACCAUCUUAACCGACAGACCUUACUUGGACCGCUGCCCAACUGGUGGUAUUCCAUUCUCUAUGUAUACAACGCGACCAUGAUGAUUCUCGUCGAGCGAUUUCUAGAAACCAAGGAUGGUGCCUCUCCCGCUAUUGAAUCCAAGGCCGAACGGACGUGGAAUGCGGCACUCAGGGUCCUGAAGUCCUACGGGGUCUUAGCCGACUCAGCGACCCGAUGCGUCGCGGUUCUGGAGAUCUUUCUGGAGAAGCUUUUCCUCCGCAGCAACAACAAUAACAACGGUAAUGGUGACAGCAGGGAUACAGACACUGUAACUACCACACCGCAUCAUCUCGACGGCUACGACUGGGAUGCACUGUGGGCCAUGUCAAACUCCUUCGGUCAGGAGUCUAGUUUUUCGGAUUCAAAUUUAUUCCCGCUUACGUUCGAUGGUUAUAUUUUGUCGGAUUUGCUGUCGUCGUCGUUAGAGCAGGGGUUUAGCCCGGCUGAUAGGUAA